AUGAUGACGAGUUUGGAGAAGAGAGAGGCCGCAGCCGCCGAGGAGGAGGAGGAAAGGUUGUUGAUGGAGGGAAUGUCUGUAUUGGAUUUUGAUAUGUUGUGCUCCACGGUAGCCAUGCAGGCCCAAAAGGGCACGUGGGGAAAAUUGAAUGGAAGCAACGAAGAAGGGGAAGAACCAAUUUUGCAUAGGAACAAUGAAAACGGAGGGGGAGUGUUUAGGAUGUGGGAAGGUGAACUUAUCUAUGAUUGCUUCGAUGACCGCAAAAUCGCUCUGCAAUCCACCUGCUGUCCAUGUUAUAGAUUUGGAAGGAACAUGAAACGAGCAGGAUAUGGUUCUUGCUUUCUUCAGGGAUCUUUUUACUCGAUUCUUCUUGUCAUUGCCCUCUCCAACCUGCUAGCUUUCAUUAUCACCAGGAAACGCUGCUUUGUAUAUUUGGCCAUUGCAUUCACUGUAUCGGUCGGAAUGUACAUGGGACUUUACCGCUCACAGAUCAAGAAAAAGUUCAACAUAAAAGGUAGUGAUAGUUCUUUGGAUGACUGUGUUUACCAUCUGAUUUGCCCAUGCUGCACUUUAUCUCAGGAGUCUAGAACUCUGGAGAUGAACAAUGUCCAAGACGGCAUAUGGCACGGUAGAGGUGAUACAGUAUGUGUCGGAAGCUAUUCUGAGGGUAACAAGGCAUUAUUUGAGUUUAGUCCACCUUUUGCCGUGUCGACGAAGUCUCCAGAAUGCCAUACCAUGCAAAAAACUUCAAGCAAUCAUUUUUCUACUUCUGUAGUGGAUUCUUCUCCUUCGGUCCCACCAUCUGAUUAA